AUACAUGCUCGCUCUUCCUCGUCUAGUCGUCUUGGUGAGUCUGAUCCCUCUCUCCUUCCGUCAUCCACCAUCUCUAGGGUUUUAGCGCCCCAUUUUCGCAUCGCCAUUCCCGAUCGGAUCGCCCCUUCCCCACCCAACCCUCCGGCGCCGCCACCCUUCGUGUCAGAGGGUCGGUCUCCACCGAAAGCCUCGCAACAAAUCUCCUCCGUUUCUUGCUCCGGCCAUUUGUUGCAAAGAUCGUGUUUUCCCCCCCUCAUCCAUGCCUCGCGUUCCAUCCCUUCCGUCCCCGGAAAUCCCUCCGCUUUCUUGAGAUCUCCCGUUCCUCGAUCUGACCUCGCCUCGUCCCGCCACCACAAGCAACAGCUGUUUUGCGCCACGAUCCUCAGGGUUGCGAUUCUCGCGUCCAUUUGCUCGCCCCAAUACCUUUCGGGAGCAUCUGAUCUCGAACAGUGAGACAAAGUAGCCACCUUUGUGCCGUUCCUUGCGUAUCGGUGGGUGGCGGCGCUGCCCAUUCCUAUGAAUGGACGGGAGGGAGUCCACGGUGGCGUCGGGGCCCAACUUCUCGUCCUUCUUCGCGCAGCACCGGGGCAUCGGGGCGCCGGGUGUCCCCGGCCACUCGCAGGGGCUUCACGCCCCGCCGCCCGGUGGGUACCGGCAGCAUCUUGAUGCUGUCUCUGCGGGGUAUGCAUUCCAGACCCCGCAUGUUGGGGGUCCCAGCAUUGGGCAGGGGUACGAGGCCUCACCUCAUGCGGCACAGCACAGCGCCGGUGGCGGCUCUGGCUCCGGUGGUUGUGGUGGUAUGGACAUUGGCAUGGGUGCGGCCGUGAGUGCCGAUGUUAAGGGGGAUCAGGGGAGUGGGCCUGGCCAGGAUGAGCAGGUGAAGAAGAAGCGGGGCAGGCCAAGAAAAUAUAAGCCUGAUGGGUCUGUGACUCUUGGGUUAUCACCCACUUCAUCAUCGACGCCUCACUCGUCCAGCUCGGGGAUGGGAACCAUGGUUAACACUCCAGGCUCUGGAUUUGGGUCUGGAGGAUCAGGGGGUUCAGGUUCUGGUGCACCAUCAGAGAAACGUGGCAGGGGGCGGCCACCUGGCUCUGGAAAGAUGCAACAGCUGGCUUCGCUUGGAAAGUGGUUUCUUGGCUCUGUUGGAACAGGUUUUACUCCGCAUGUGAUUAUUAUUCAACCAGGAGAGGACGUUGCUGCGAGAAUAAUGGCCUUCUCACAGCAAGGCCCAAGGGCAGUGUGCAUCAUUUCAGCAACUGGAGCUAUUUCUACAGCAACCCUUCACCAGGAUUCAGACUCCGGUGGUGUGGUUACAUAUGAGGGCCGAUUUGAGAUCCUGUGCCUUUCUGGGUCAUACUUGGUGGUAGAGGAUGGUGGCACACGGACCCGAAGCGGAGGUCUUUGCAUAGCUUUGUGUGGUCCUGACCACAGGGUUAUUGGUGGGAGUGUAGGCGGAGUCCUGACAGCAGCUGGAACAGUUCAGGUGAUAGUGGGGAGCUUCAUGUACGGAGGUUCGAAGAAGAACAAGGUGAAAGCGGAGGUGGACAUGGAGCCCGAGGAGGUGGCACCCGCGGAGCACAGUGGCAUGGUCCCUCCUGCGAUGAGUGGCGGCGGGUGGGAAGCGGGCAUGAUGAGGCAGAUGGACUCGAGAACUCCUGCCAUUGAUAUCAACUCGAUCCGCGGGUAGUAGGGUAGCAGUUGUUGCCUGGUUGGGUGGAUAAAGGCUCUGUGACAAAGUCGAAUCCUCCUCCUAGGACACACACAGCACGCAUGUACUAACUAACUAACUAACAGCUCUGUUGCUGUGGUUUAGGAUACUCAGAACUCCGAGUAUAUCGUAUGUGAUAUUGUUGUUGUAUGAAAUAAUUAACGGUUGGUUGGUCGUGUUAUUAUGUUAAAUAUAUAUAUGAAAUGCUGCUGUUGGGUCUCCA